AUGGUUGAGCUGAUGGGACCAGCUAAGGCACCAGUUGUACCCAUUGUGUUUGUAGGCCAUGAGGAGGCUUUGCAGUCGGGGGCAGCCUUCAGAUGGUGUGAGGCCUAUGAGUUGAGUAGGCCAGCCGGUUCUGCACCACUUACGUGGCACGGGUUCUCAGUUCUUUUCUUAGAGAAGUUUGUUCCACAACCCGCAGGGAGGAGUUGCGGAUGCUGUUUGCGCAGCUAUGCCAUUAGGGAUAUUGCAUUAGGUGCAAGGUUCGACGAGGUGGUUGAUAUUGCUAGGCGGCUAGAGCAGGUCCGAAGUCUUUACUCGGACAAAUCUACCCAUCCAACCUCGGUCUCAGGCCUCGUCUAUGCUCGAAAAUGGGGGUUUGGUGGCUCGGUGGCUCGGUGGUUUGAAAACUCAAGCAUGACUAUGACCUACUUUUUAAAUUCUUUGUUAUUCCUUGCAAUCAUCAAUGGAAUCCAUGCAGUGAACUACUCAGUCACCAUUACGACUGCAUCCGGUACUCGAUUUGACCGUGACAUUGGUGGCCAAUACACCCUUCAAACUCUUGAUUCUGCCACCAAUUUCAUCUGUAACGAUAUCCUCAAGAUCAACUGCCCCAUCAACCGCAAAGAUGUCCAACACAUCACCAUAUUCGUCGCUGAUGACAUGGAUGGAGACGACGUUGCAUAUCAAGACAACAACGAGAUCCAUGUCAAUUCCAGGUACAUAGAAGGUUACUCUGGUGACGUGAAAAGAGAAAUCACUGGAGUGUUGUAUCAUGAAAUGACCCAUGUUUGGCAGUGGAAAGGUAAUGGACAAGCUCCUCAAGGAUUAAUUGAAGGAGUUGCUGAUUAUGUGAGGCUCAAAGCUGGGUUUGCACCUAGUCAUUGGGUGAAGUCUGGCCAAGGUAGCACUUGGGACCAAGGCUACGACGUGACAGCUCGGUUUCUUGAUUACUGCAAUUCUCUUAAAGAUGGGUUCGUGGUGGAACUCAACAAGAAGAUGAGAGAUGCUUAUAGCCAUAGUUAUUUCUGUGACUUGCUAGGAAAAUCUGUGGAUCAGCUCUGGGAGGAUUACAAGGCUACAUUUACGUAUUAA